UCAAAUUCUUCCCGCCAUUUCCUCUCUCUCUCUCUCUCUCUAGAAAUGGGUGCUGCAAGAUUUGGGAGUUCUUGGUAUUUCGGGGGGACGGAGGUGUUAAAACCCUAAUGCCUUGAUCUUGAUUUGCAGACGGACAGAAAUACAGAAAUCGAGAGAGAUCGAGGGAGAGUAUUAAGAAUGGGGAUACAAGGGCUUCUCCCUCAGUUGAAGUCGAUAAUGGCACCAAUCCACAUCAAAGAGCUAGCGGGCUGUUCUGUGGCCGUCGACACCUACUCUUGGCUCCACAAGGCUGCCUUAUCUUGCAGCAUUCAGCUAUGCAAGGGACUUCCCACGUCCAGGCAUAUUGACUAUUGCAUGCACAGAGUAAAUUUGCUCCGGCAUUAUGGAGUCAAACCUGUCCUUGUAUUUGACGGUGGCCUUCUACCAAUGAAAAUUGAACAAGAGAACAAGCGUGCGAGGGUGAGGAGAGAAAAUCUUGCACGUGCUAUUGAACAUGAGUCAAAUGGUAAUUCUGCUGCUGCUUUUGAGUGCUACCAGAAGGCUGUUGAUAUCUCUCCUUCACUUGCCCAUGAACUAAUCCAAGUCUUAAAACAGGAGAAUGUUUGCUAUGUUGUGGCUCCCUAUGAGGCAGAUGCUCAAAUGACCUUCUUGGCAGUCAGUAAACAGGUUGAUGCAGUUAUCACUGAAGACUCUGACUUAAUACCCUUUGGUUGUCCAAGAAUUAUCUUCAAGAUGGACAAGUUUGGGCAGGGUGUUGAGUUUCGGUAUUCUAUGCUCCACCAAAACAAGGAGAUAAAUUUUACUGGAUUCACCAAGCAGAUGCUUCUUGAGAUGUGCAUUUUAAGUGGCUGUGACUAUUUGCAAUCAUUGCCAGGAAUGGGCUUGAAGAGGGCUCAUGCACUUAUUAAGAAGUUUAAAAGCUAUGACAAGGUUAUUAAACACUUGAGAUACAGCAUUGCCUCAGUUCCUCCUCUUUAUGAGGAAUCAUUUAAAAAGGCUAUAUGGACUUUUCAGCAUCAACGAGUUUAUGAUCCAAUCACUGAAGAUAUUGUUCAUUUGUCUGACCUGUCUGAUGACAGUGGUGAUGAUUUAGACUUCUUAGGCCCAUUGCUCCCUCAACAUAUAGCGAAGGGAAUAGCAAAAGGUGAUCUUGAUCCAUUCACCAAAAUGUUGUUCCAGGGGCAGAAUGUAACCACUGGGGUGGUGCUUGAUCAAGCUUACCAGCUUGAGAGUUUUAAACCUGAAAGCGAAAGGAAGAAACUGGAUUUGCCUGUGCAGAAGAAUCUCCUGACUAAUUACUUCUGCUUUGCAUCCCUUGAAGCAAAAAGAAAAUUCCGGGCCCCUCAAAUCACACCCAAGGAUACAAAUCCGGUGAAUGGAUUUUCUCCCUGUGAAGGGGAAUAUGCUACUGAGAAGACUGCUGCUUCUAAAGCAAACUGCUCACCAGUGUCCUUGCUUAACUCUGAAAACUUGGACAAUGCAUCUCUUUCUAAAAAUUCUGUGGAAGAUGGUGCUAACCCUAAUGUUUUUGAGAAGUUGGGAUCUCCGAGUCGUGAUGCAAUUGAGGGCAAGAUGAGAACAGAUAACAGAAAGGUUGUUGUGAGGAGUUCAUACUUUCAGCGUAAGUCUGUAAAUGAGAUUGUUGACAAGAAGAAAGAAAAGCUCUUGGUUGAGAACGAAGUUGCUGCUGAUGCAGUCGAGAAUACAAUUCCUGAGAGUACUUCUUUAGAGAAAUACUGUUACAAAGGCACAUUCAUGAAAAGGAAAACCACUCAGAUCAACAGUAUUCAGGCAGAAAAUGAGGCAGCCAAGUUUGUGCAAACUGAUGCAUCUUAUCCCAGCAAAAAUGCAAUUGAUGGCAAAAUGAGAACAGAUGAGAGAAAGGCUAUUGUGAGCUCUUACUUUCAGCAUAAGUUUGUUGAUGAAGACAUUGAUAAUAAAGCGGAAAAGCUCUUGGUUGAGAGAGAAAUAGCUGCUGAUGCAAAUGAGAAUAGUCAGAACCCCAUUCCUGAGAGUUCUUUAGAGAAAUACUGUUUUGAAGGCAAAUUUACGAAAAGGAAGACCCCUCCAAUCAACAGUGCUCAGGCAGAAAAUAAGAAAGCCAAGUUUGUGCAAACUGAUGCAUCUUAUCCCAGCAAAAACGACUGCAUUGCUGACUCUGAUGACACAUUUAUGGAGGCAAAAGCACAAGAAGGAAAAUUUGGGUGUGACAUUGCUCAUUUAGGCAAUUAUUCUGACAUAGCAGAGAAGUCAAUGGAAAAAUUUGUUUCUGUAAUAUCAUCAUUUAGAUUCUCUUCAUCUGGUUCUCGUGCAAGUGGCCUCCGUGCUCCUCUUAAGGAUGUGCAGAACUAUUGUGUUAAUAGGUCAACUGUUGGCAUGGAUUUAAGCAAGUUUGCUUAUCAACCAAAUAACCGGAGUGACUCAGUAUCUCGCAGAGGCUAACUUUGGAUAGUAUUUAACUUGAACUUUCUGUUGGUUGACCAUUUGUGUUGGCCAUUUCUUGCUGCAGCUGGCACUAAAAAGGCCAUAGCCUUUUAGUUCUCUAUAAGUGGCACAAUCACUAGCUAUUUUUCUGGUUGGUCUUCUAAUUUUUGUUCUUAUUAUUUUGCUAUUAUUAUUAUUAUUCUUUGAUUGUGCUAGGUUAACUAUAUUUGGAAUCAUUCAAGAUGGGUUGGUUUUCUGGUUAUGCGGCUGUCUGCAAUUGUUAAUAUUUUUCGUGAGUUGAGAUAUAAGCUCUUGUAUUUUCAUUUAUUUGAAGCUCCUUGUGGAAUUCAACUGUGAAAAUUCGUCUGUAAUUGUUUUGCUUUGUAGGGCUCAAAAAGUUGUAAUUCUAGAUAUUUGUUUGGUUAUUAUUGAAGUACAUUGUACAUUUUAUGUUU